AUGGAUAAAAGAUGGCCACUGAAUCUAUCCUCCGCUUAUAAUACCAAAUCUCCAGCUGAACGUUUAGAACUCGGAGAGAGAGAAGCUAAAAUGUAUUCCCAUCAAGCAAGUAGCAGCAACAAAGCCUUCGGCAGGAUACGAAGGACGAGAACGACAUUGUCUGUAAAUCCUCCAAAACCAAUUUUACAAAGGGUGCUGCGGUUCGAGAAAAAAGGGAAAGGGAAUAAAUGGAUAGCGAUAGUGCUUGAAGAAAACCUUUUAUCGACUAAAGGGAUUUUUUUCGCUCCGUCCAUUAGCAGAAGAGUGCAACUAUGCAACAACAACGAUGGUAAACAGCUGGAGCACUUGACCAUACAUCAAAUUCAUACAGAAAAAUGCAUUCUAAAAUUAGGUUUACGAUUCGAAGCUUCCGGCCACGUACUCGCAUCUCACGUAUGA